GGCCCUUCAGGUUGGAUAAAGGCCCCACAGCAGAAGACAAACAAAAGAUUCCUAGUGAACACCCUCAGGCAUGCAGUGACCUCUAACAAGCACCACACAUCACGCAGCAGUCACAGGAACUCAUACAAUAAGUCCCCCAAACAUGAAAGGAAAUCAGAGCCCCCCAUCAAAAAAGACAGAACAAAACGAAAAUACUAAUAUGGAUACUUAUAAUGUUGAAGAGGUAAUCCAGAAAGUUUUGGACGGUAACAAAACAUGGACUAUACAUGAAAAAAUACCAUCGCUGGUUGAAGAAAUAGAUAAUUUAAAAGCUGAUUUGAAAAUGUUCUUAGAAAACUGUGACUUUAAUAUCCCAUCUAUACUAAAUGAAGCCACAGAUUUGUGUGCGGAAAGCAAAGAUCUAGUGGAAGAAAUGAAAGCUUGUAAAGCUGAAAUCGAGCAGGAAACGAUGGCAGAAAUACUCAAAUCUAUUGAAAAUCAUGAUAAGAUUGCCAAAGAAUUAGAGAUGGUUAAUUUUUCUUUGAACAUAAUCGCUGACAUAGUGCAUUGCGGGACUUAUGUUAAGCUUUUUGAACAGGGCAGAGAGAACCAGAGUUAUUCUGGGGCGGUUGAGUCUGUGUAUGACUUGCUGCAGUUCACGGACCACCCUGUGGAUGGUUUCUAUCAGUUAGACCUGUACACACAAACAAAAAAUACUGGUCAAUUGAUAUUAGACAGACUGUGGCAAGAUUUAUAUCAAGAAUGGGAUAGGAUGGUGACUCAUACUGUCAAACCGGGCACCCGCAAGACAGUUAUAACUUUAAAUAUCACAUUAGAAGAUACAAGAAAUUGUCUCGAUGUUAUAAGAGCUCUGUAUAUAAGCCAGAAGCUUGCUGAUAAAGUAGCAGAAUUCGCCAUCUUUAUAUUAAAGGAGGUUUGUAUGCCUGUCGUUAAAAAUGAAUCAACAGUUUAUGCAGAUUCUGAUGAAGUUAUAACUAUUACUAUAAAUCAUAGUAAACCAAAUAGCAGACCGACUUAUAGUGAAACGAUAGCAAAUAUGAAGUUACUGUUUAAUUUUAUCAACAAUAAAUUUAAUUUAGAAUACACAAGUCACUCGACUUUAAUGCACAUGUUUGGCAAACUAGUGCAAGUGGACUUGUGUAACUUGAUGAUAAAUGAAUGUUUUAUUCAUACUGUACCCAAUAAUAUAAAUGACUUGCAAUGUUAUGGUAAAAUAACUUUAGAUAUAGAAGAUUUUCAACAUUUCCUAGUAAGACUUAAAGUGUUCCCGGACGAAGGGCUAUCCUUUCUUAGUUAUAUGGAGAAUAUAGAUGUUCUUUUUGCCGAUUGUUCAAGCCAGCAUUUCUUAGUGACCGCUCGUGCUAUAAUGCUCAAAGACUUAAGCGUUACAAUGUCGAUAGGACAUGAGAAAAUUCCUGAAGAAACUUUAGCAUCAGAAAAAAAAUCUACAACAGAUAAUGCUACAGAAGAAGCAUUAGACAUAUUUGAAAAGACAAUACCAAAAAGUUUAUUUUAUUUCCCUCGGUGUUUGAUAUCUAAGACAGCACAAGAGCUCCUGGAUUUAGUUUAUGUGAUAAUGGAGCAGGCGGUGCAAUGCUCUGACGUUGUAUGCAAGAAGUUGUAUCAUGCAGUGAGGCUUAUAUUUGAACUGUACGACGCUGUUGUUCCCUAUCACCAUGAGAACUAUUUGCAGACAAUUCCCCAGUAUGUUGCCCUUUUCCACAACAAUUGCAUGUAUCUGGCACAUAACCUGCAGACCCUGGGCGACAAAUGGUUAACCUUAAUGGAAGGCCGCGAGCUGGACUAUGCUAUUGGCUUUGUGGACUUGGUGCAGAAGAUCAGAGAACUGGGCUACAAGCAUCUCACUAUACACAUGCAGCAACAGCGGAAACAGAUACUUGACAAUAUUCGCUCUUCAGACUUGAAUUGUAUUGUAGUGAAAGACGUACUGGGUGACAAUGCAGAGGCAGCAGUGAGGCAGUGUCUGAGGCAACUUCAACUUUUGAAGAACGUGUGGAUCGGUGUCUUUCCUUGCAACGUCUUUACUAAGUUAAUAGCAACACUGGUGAACAUGUUCGUGGACGAACUGAUACACAGAGUAUGCACGGUGGAGGACAUUUCCAUAGAGAUGGCGACGCAGCUCACUGACAUGUACACACUGGUCGUUCAAAAAGCACCACAGCUCUUUACUACACCAACAGAUGUGGACAAAUACGUCAAAUCCUGGACCAAACUGCAGGAGCUAAUCUUCGUCCUCGGUGGUUCAUUGAAAGACAUUGAGAACCACUGGAGCGACGGCACCGGCCCUCUGGCGGUGCACUUCCAGGUCGACGAACUCAGGAGUCUCAUCAAAGCCCUGUUCCAAAACACGCAGUUUCGCGCCAAUUUGCUGUCAAAGAUAAAAUAAGUUCUGUUUUAUCUGUAGUCAUUACUAUUAAUAAAUAUUACGUUAUGUGUUUAAUGGU